ACUCAGCUCAACAGUCUCCAGUCUACCAACUGGUCUCUGAAAUAACUAUUUAAAUCAGUCUGUCCUGACUCAGCUCAACAGUCUCCAGUCUACCAACUGGUCUCUGUGGUGUACAGUCUUCAGGUGAUGAUGUGGGUAUUGAAUCAUCUCUCUACUCUCCUCCUCCUCUCUCUCCUUCCUCCUGCUCUCUCUCAUGUAGUGGAUAAGUUCAGUGAUGUUCCACGGUGCCAGAAGUUCUUCCUGGAGGGGACAACUCCAAAUCUCCCAGGUAUUUUGGUUGGUGGGAAAGUCCAGGACCAGAACCGCUACAAGCCAAUUUGCCAGUUGUUCAACAAGACAUACAGGUUUGCAACUCUGUACGACACGACCAACAGGAUCCCUGUGUUCUCAGCCUACACCUUCACUGGUAAUACAACGGGUCGACCAAGUCAGUCCUGGAUGAUCGAGCCUCAGCUUGAAGAUAUAAAUAACCAACGUGACAUGAAGGUGGAUAAUAAAGCUGUCACACACAACUUCCAGGCUGUGGAUGCAGACUACAUAAAUAACAACCUGGGUCUGGACAGAGGUCACCUUUUCCCAUGUUCGCACGUACCUGAUGAUGAAACCAUGAGAUCCACUUUCACCCUGACAAACGCCGUUCCCCAGGACAGCUCCUUCAACAGAGGCAGAUGGUGCAAAAUGGAGUGCAACGUCAGAAAAUAUAUUGUGGAGAACUGCAAGAAUAACAACAAGAUAGAGGCCUAUGUGGUGACUGGAGCAGUUCCCAACAUCACCAACAAACUGAACAACAGAGUGAACAUCCCAGAUAUCAUGUGGACAGCCUACUGCUGUAAAAACAACCUGGGACAGUGGGUGGCCGGAGCACACUGGGGGGAGAACAAAAAAAUAAAUACAAUCCAACCCGUGAAACGGAAAUAUCCAGCUCUGAACUCAAAUACAGGGAUGCACGACAUGUUGAACAAGUCAGGUGAUGACGGUGGUGGUGUCCAGGUGAUCCCAGAUCAGACCUCAAAUACCUUGGUAGGGCUGUAUGACAUGCUGAACAAGCGUUAUGGUAAUGGUGUCCAGCUGUUCCCAGAUCAGUGUCCAAAAGUUGAUAUUCCGAGAGCGCUUCUCCUCAAGGUUGGGGGGGAUGAACAGGAUCAUUGUGAAUAUGAUGACUGUGUCUGUUCCUCUGUGGGGGUCAAAGGUUAUUACCUACCUGUUGUAUUUGUUUCUGUGCUGGUGAUGAUGAUGUAGUGACAUAACCACCAGGAACCUGUGACAUCAUCAGGUCAAGCAGGUAAUAAUGGACCUGGUUUAGUCUGACCUGAGUUUCACGCUGUGAUCAACAUUCACUAUUAAUGACAAUACUUUCUGAACUAUCAGCACAGUAGACUACUGUACUACCCUGUUUAAUGUAGACUACUGUACUACCCUGUUUAAUGUAGACUACUGUACUACCCUGUUUAAUGUA